AUGAGGGUAUCCUACAAGUUUCGACUCCUCGCUAUUCUGGCCCUCGUUUGCUUGGCACUCUACAAGAUGAGCAGCUUUCAAAGGUCUACACAAGAGGACUACCUUCGGUUCAUGCUAUCAGGGAGGUCGACUGAAGGAAUCUCCACAAACAGUGCAUCAACCAACCCCUGGAUGAAUCACAAUCCGCCCAAUAUCUGUCAAGCACUACCCCCUGCUUUCCAGCAUGCCACGCCAUUAUCCUUAUGGACCCAACACUUGGAUUACAUACACAAGGCCAGUCAGCUUCUCCCUCAAGAUCCAGACUAUGAAUUCAGCGACUUGACGGCGCAAUUACUACAUUUGAUAUCACCUAGGUUACCCAACAGCAUCAAGACCGUUCCUCGGGACCUUUCAUCGGUACGACAUGUUCUAGAGAAAGUGCUAUGGCCAAGAUGGCAAUACAUCAUCAAAGACCACACCGACAACAAACUACAAGAGGAAAAUAUUCCCCGACCUGUAAGAGUUGUUGUCAUGGGAGGAUCCGUCGUUGCGGGCAUCAAUUGUCAGCAAGUAUUCGCCAAGAAAGUCAAGCACAAGCUCUCGCAGAAAGUGUGUGCAUGGCCACAUCGACUUCAGUCGUUCCUGGAUCAAAUUGUGGAAUCUUUGUUAGUACAGAGGGAUAAUCAAAAUAGAUCAGACAAAGAGUCCAAUCUGAGGCUGUUUCAAGUCCAUACGGUUGUCAUGGGAGGGAGCAAUACGAUUAGUGGAAAUGCGAUUCUAGAGUUCGACUUGUUACCGCCUGAAGCAAAGAAUCCUGAUAUCAUAAUCAAUGCCUAUUCCACCAAUGAUAUGCAUCUCAACACCUUUUACCAACAAGGGGACACCAACAAUCAUCUCAAUGGCGGGACUCCGACAGCAGGCUCAUGGAGAGAAAUGACGCUGCCAGUCUUGCAAGACUUUAUUCGCUUGGCCCAUUCGCCUCUUCCACAAUGUUCAUCAUCAUCAUCAACUGCUGACAGAGUGCCAUUGCAGCCUCCAGUGAUUCUUCAUCUGGACGACUACCUUGGGAACGAACAACGCGAGAUUCUCGCCACCACUGAACUAUCUCAGGCUGUGCACGUCUUGGCAAACUACUAUGGCAUCAUUACUGCUCUGUCGUACGCGGACAUGGUGCGAGAUUGGGUGUAUGGGGAUACCCACGAGUUUUGGUUCUCGCCUUUUGGUUGGUACCGUGCGUACAAAUUGGACAAGUCCAAAAUGGUCCGAGAGAUUCAUCCGGGUAUGCCCAUGCACAUGGUAGUGCCAUGGAUUGUAUCCUACGCGUUCCUGACACUCUGGACAACCUAUUGCGAUGGACAUGCGUUUGCUCAUGACGCUCGACCUCAAGAACAAUCAGCUCCUUCGAAAAAGGUUUUGGACGACGAAUACGAAAUAGCAAGAUGGGAACGAGGACUGCCACUUCCAGCCUUGUGGGGGAAUACUCGUUUCCCUGGAAAACCGCAUGCACCUCCUCGUGGUUUGCCGCCUCCUCUGCACCCUGAUCUUUCUCUGCAAGAGGUUUCCACCUUGUGGAAGAACGAGAGCGAUGCUACUGCUGCUUCUUCCUGCGUCUCCCCAGAGAAUCCAAAAUGCCCGUUUGCAUGGGUUAGUGGUCUCUUGAGUGAUCACAAUGCAUUGGACGAAGCCACCGUGGAGACCUACUUUCGAGAACACAGCCUGGAAUUUCACAAUCAGGGCUGGAAAGUUCGUCGUCAUGUAGACGGGAAAAAGAUUGGCUAUGUGCCAGAAUUGGAGCAACCGGGAGCCACCAUGACCCUUGUCUUUGGUGGUGGGACGAUACGACAAGUUGUCGUUUUUUAUCUAAAAAGUUACGGCGAACGAUGGGAACAAAGCCGGCUUCGCAUACAACUGGAUCGAGUGGCGCAAGGUUCUUCAAAAGUGUCAAUGCUGACAAAAGAUCUAGUCGGGUUUCACGGCAAGAAUACUUCUGAGAUGUAUGUGGAGCGCAUGGUUCUAGCCGAGCCAAUAACACAAGAACGGCUACGGUUGGAAGCACGCUUUGAAAGUGGCAAAGUCUUCAAAAUUAUGGGUCUUCUCGUCUGCCGAUGA